GAUCACUGAACUCCAAGAGGAAUUAUCUGUUAUUGCUGAUGUCCUGGCAAAAAGACUAAAAUCCUUUUUUUCACAAUAUCAUGCUUGGCUAUUGCACCAGGCAGAAGGAAUCCUAGGAUGAAUGAACGGAAUCCCCAUUCUCAUGAAGACUUUCAGAAACUGGAGACAAUCCAGAGCAUCUACAUUGCUAUUUCUGCUGUGCUUCAUCAGGCAAUUCUGUCAGAAUAAAGGGAUCACAUUGCUAGUUCCACAGACAAUUAUAAAUGCCACAGUGUCACAAGACAUCUUGCUGUCAGUACAAUACAUAUCUAAUGGGACACCAACUAUCCAGUGGGAAUACAUGUCUAAAUGGAAGAUCCAGCGCAUUACCGAAUGGAAGAAUGGGUCUUACUUUAAUGUCUCCAGAGAUUAUAAAGACAGAAUCAACAGAUAUGACAAUGGCUCUAUACUGCUUAUGGAUGUUGGAGUAAAAGACACUGGAUAUUAUGUGGUUAUUAUAACUGAAGAUAUUGGAAGUAUCAAGCACGGGACAAUUAUCCUGAAUGUUCAUGAAAUCCUCUAUGAAGACUUCUAUUUUGUAGCUGUGUUUAUUGCAUUUCUUGCUGCAGGUUCAGCUGUGCUAAUUUGCCUUAUGUGGCUUUGCAACAAAUGUGGAAAUGUUGCCACGAAGAGGAAACAAAGUCGAAGAGCUGAAGAGGUUGAAAUGCGAAUUAUAUCCGACUUGUCAAGUGGCCCAUCAACAGCGUCUACCUCAAGAUACAGCAAUGAUUUCUGUUAGGUGUGAGCUUGUGUUUACCAAGUGUUUGUGGUUUUAAAUAUAGACAGAUCCGUCAUGUAGGCACUGUGUGCUGUGCUAUCUAAACUUGUAUACAGUAUUCACCCUUAAUAUAAAAUUUUACACAAAAAUGUGUAUUUACAUGGACAAGACAACCACAUUACUUGACAUUAUUCUGGGAUAAGUAUUGGAAACAAGUCUUUUUUUAAUACUUCUACAUUAGAAUAUUGCCAAAAGUUUACAGUGUACUCUACAAUACAAUACAAGGUAAUCUGAUGGAACCAGUUUGAGAAGAUUCCAUAAAUCAUUUGAAGUCAUCGUGUUCUGCCGCGUGUAUAAACUUGUCUAAAGAUCAUAUCAAAAAGAUAAGAGUUCAUGA